AUGUUGUGACUGUUUUUCAACUGCUUUCAAUAAUUUUGAUAACAAAUUCAAUCAUUUAAUAUAAAAGUUUAAAUGUUAUUAAAUCUAACAUGAGUGCAGUGAAAAGUAAUGGGGUGUUUCAAAGCACACCGAUAAGGGGUAUUCCUUUAACCAGGAGGUCUAUUGUCGUAACGCCUCUGUCUGAAACCCCAGAUUUAAGUACUCGCGAAGAAAGGUUGUCAAAUAUUGAUCGUUCUGUUGCAAGAAGUGAGCUAUCAGUUCAAAUAACUCCAAGAAAUACAAAUAAAUUAACUGGAUAUAAAGAAUGUUUCAAAUCAUCUAUUAAACUUUUUCAAAUGAAUAAAAUAACAAAACAAAAUGCAUGGGAUCUUAACUUAAUUCAUGAUUUAUAUCAACUCACUGACCUGAAAGACAAAAUGAUCAUCGGUGAUUUAAAUUUGGCUAGUGUAGCUAUAGAUGCUUCUGCAAAAAUAUAUGCAUUAAGAGUUGAUGAUGUUCAUCAAGACAUCGUGAGAUUAGCAUCUGGUCUAAUGCAUACAGAAAAUAAAAGUUCUCAAAAAGCAAAUCAGCAAGAAGGAGAAGAUUCUGAUAACAAUGAUGAUGGUGUUGAUAACAAUGAUCCGAAUGAGAUUAUGCCAAAAAAGAAAAAAAUUCGGAAGCGAAAUAUAAAAUCACUUAUAGUAACUGAUUUAAAUCAGAUUGAUAAAGAAAUAGAAACUAUUCCUGAGCUAGAUAAAUUAUUUACAUGUAGAGCUGCCAUGUCAGGAGAAGGUUUAUCAGCUGACAAAAUGUAUAGAUUAACAUUGGAAUGUGUAGAUAAACAAUUAUUAACCGGAUUAGAGGAACAUGUUGAUAUCACAUGCCAUCAAAUAGAAAAUGCAUCCAAUAACGAUGAAAUUUCCCUGAGCUCAUUAACAAAAUGUGAAGCAGCUCAUAUAAAUGCUUCACUUCACAGCUUUAAGUUUUUAGAUUGGAGUCCUGAAAAAGACAAAGACAGUAAUGCGAGAUUCAUACAUUCAGAUGGGCUACUAAAUUCUUCGCAGUUGGAAAUUACUUUUGACAUAAAUGCUGAAGUAGAAAAGAUACCUAAUCCUGCAGCAGACUUAGAAUCAAUGGAUUAUGAUGAUAAUGCUGGCCAAAUGUUCUUUGAAAAUAAUGAAGACGAAGAUGAAAUUACUCCAGUUAUGAUGAGAAAUGGUUUAAACAUGAAUCAGAAAAUAUUAAAGGCAACAAAUUUCAAUAAGGUGUCGGAAUAUAGUUACAAUCCCAAAAUAAAAAACAUGUUGAGCAAAUUGUAUGCAGGACCUUUACAUUGGAAAUAUCCUUUAAUGCGAAGAAAAGCCAGGGGUAAAUCUUUAUAUACUGAUAAGUCAUCUGAAGUUCUAAAGGUAAGACAAGCUAAAAAAAACAAACAGUUUGCAACAAUUGACCUUGAUGGAGAAGUGGAUGAAACUAAAUUUAAAUGCAAGAGUUUACAUAAACUUAAAGGUUCUGUUCUUCUCAAUUGGAACCCUGUUAAAAACUUGUUACCCGACAAGCUGCAUUUAACAUGUGAUUCUGUUAAUUGCCAUUUUAUGACGCCUUAUAAAUCUAUAUCUGUUGAAAGUGAUGCAAAUGCUACAUGCAUGGAUGAUAUUGUUCCCGAAUAUAAUUAUGAAAACAAUAAUGACAGCAAUUUUUGCGCAGUAGUUGAGAAUGAUGAGGAUUACUCUGCAGAUGAGAAUGAACCUGCAGGCACAAAUAAAUCAUCAGAGGGUUAUGUAGAUGCUCCAGAUUUGGUAAAUCAAGUAAAAAUAACAUAUGAUACCAAGGCAAGGACAGUUAAUAUGAAAUUGAUUAAAUCACAAACAUUAAAAAUUAUUGAUAGUUAUUUGAAACCCAAAGACACAUCAAGAUCUGCAGAUAAAAAUGUGACUUUUUCACAAAUUUACAAAAAGUUACACGAACAACUUCCAGCUGCUGAAUUAACAAAUCUUACUCAGGGAAUUGCCUUAUUAUCUGUAAUGCAUAUAACAAACGAUAAUGAUUUAGUUCUAACUCAAGAUGAUACACAUGAUUUUGUAGUAUCUUUACCAGUUGAUUGA